GUGGGAGCCUAGAGUUGGAGUCUGAACCAGCCUGGGAGAUUAGCUUCAUAGAGCUCGUAGCCCAGAGAAUAUAUAGCAAAGCACUGGAGCACAGUGUUCUAGAAUCAGAUUCUCUGGAUUCAUAUCCCUGUUCCCCCUCAACCCAGUUCCGUGUAGGCAACCUGUCUGGCUUCCAUUUCUUGAUCCACACAUUGGAGAGGAUAAUGGUUUCUACUGAGGAUCAGACUGGGUGCAAGUGGCCCAUGGAGCCUCCCCUGACCAUCCAGGCAGGUCCUGAGAUGCGGUGAACACCGGCCUGUCUGCUCCCACCUCCCAGGAUGGACCGCAGCAGCCUCCUGCCCUUCCAGCUCUGGUGCCCCCGGCCCUUUGGCACCUACUCCCAGAACCAGCCGCGACCGCCUGCCGCAGCCCUCAAGCCCUCAGCCUGCCCAGAGCCGGGCAGCGGGGCGGAGCCCGAUCACGGGCCUGCCCACUCGGAGAACACCCCACCUGCCUUGGCCACAGAGGCCCCAGCCUCCCAGCCUGCCCCGCUCCUGUCUGCAGCAGCUGCUGGCGAUGAGGGGCGAGUCCUGCUGGACACGUGGUACGUCAUCAAGCCUGGGAAUACAAAGGAGAAGGUGGCCUUCUUUGUGGCCCACCAGUGUGGUGGGGGCAGCCGGGCCAGCUCCAUGAAGGUCAAGGGGCACUGGGGCAGUGACAGCUCCAAGGCCAAGCGGAGGAGGCGCUGUCUUGACCCUACUAAGGCUCCACCGGACCCGGGGGGCCGAGAGGGGCCCCCGGCCACAGAGGGGGCCCCAGCCUCAUCUGGUGAGGAUGUAGACCUGCUCUCCGUGGCUGAGAUGGUGGCCCUGGUAGAACAGCGGGCCGCCCUGGCCCUGCAGAGCUACCCACGCCCCGGCACCUCGGCGCCCGUGGUCUUCGUGUCAGCUGAGCAGGGUGGGCCUGCCAAAGGCCUGGCAUCUGAACGGCGGCCUGGUGGCGGGGACUGCAGCCGCGUAGCCGAGGCAGUGGCCCACUUUGAGGCCCAGCGGGACAGCCCUCCAGCCAAAGGCCUUCGCAAAGAGGAGCGGCCCGGGCCGGGCCCCGGGGAGGUCCGCAUCGCCUUUCGGAUCUCCAAUGGCCGAGAACCCCGCGCGCCCGACGGCAGCUUGCCCAACGGGAGCAGCGGCCGGCCCGGUUGUGCCUACCCCGGCAGCCCAGGCCCCGGGGGCCGAGCCAAGGACAAGAUCACCUGUGACCUGUACCAGCUCAUCAGCCCCUCUCGGGAUGCCCUGCCCAGCAACGUGGAGUUCCUUCUGGCCCGGGCGGACGAAGCCAGCGAGGGGGAGACCCCGGUCCCCGCCAGGCCUGAGGACACUCCCCCAGCGCCCCCUCCGCCCCCUGCCCGGGACUGCGGAGCCUCAGGCUUCCACGUGGACGUGGUAGUGACGGGUGUGGUGGACGAGUGCAUCUUCUUUGGCAAGGAUGGCACCAAGAACGUGAAAGAGGAGACAGUGUGCCUGACGGUCAGCCCGGAGGAGCCGCCCCCACCCGGCCAGCUCUUCUUCCUCCAGUCCCGGGGACCGGACGGGCCCCCCGAGCCGCCCCCGGCCGACUCCCCGGCCAGCGCGCCCGGCCCGGACGAUGCCGAGGGCACCGCGGACACCUCCCUGUGCCGCCUGUACCGGCACGUGUCGCACGACUUCCUGGAGAUCCGCUUCAAGAUCCAGCGGCUGCUGGAGCCGCGGCAGUACAUGCUGCUGCUGCCCGAGCACGUGCUGGUGAAGAUCUUCAGCUUCCUGCCCACGCGGGCCCUGGCGGCCCUCAAGUGCACCUGCCACCACUUCAAGGGCAUCAUCGAGGCGUUCGGUGUGCGGGCCACAGACUCGCGCUGGAGCCGCGACCCCCUGUAUCGCGACGACCCUUGCAAGCAGUGCCGCAAGAGGUACGAGAAGGGGGACGUGUCGCUCUGCCGCUGGCACCCGAAGCCCUACCACCACGACCUGCCUUACGGACGUUCCUACUGGAUGUGCUGCCGCCGAGCUGACCGCGAGACGCCUGGCUGCCGCCUGGACCAGGGCCCGCGGACCCCUCAAGUAGGGUGGUUUUUAUCAGCAUCUCAAUUUCUUCUCCAUUCAGCCCCAACAGCCUCCUCACCACUCUACACCCCAGGGACCCACCAGCAGGGAGCAGACGGCAGCUAAUUUUGGUACUACUUAAGGGUUCCCCCAUUGUGGCCCCCUUCUACCCCCCACCCCCACCCUGGCCCUGCCUUUCACCCCCGCCAGCCCGUUCUCUGUCUCUGGAGCUGUGUUCUCCCAAGAGGCUGCAGUAUGCAAAGUCAGUGUCUCUCCUGACCUGCCACACCAGGGCUCACCUCCUCUUGAGGAACUGGGAGCCAUCCGAUCACAGAUCAGAUGUGGCAGUUUUCAUGGCAACCUGCCAUCGCCAGACGUUUUCCCCAUUAAAACAAUAAAAAAAAAUCACUGUUUUCUCCUUAACCUAAAGCUACCAGUCUCUUCACUUCCCCUAAAGGAGAAGAGAAAAUAAAGCUGAAAUAUAAAAAUUCCCCUCCUCCCAUUAUUUAAGCUAUUGCCAUCGCUUCUCUACUCCCCCCGCAAAAAAAAGCUGUGAAGCCCUUUGCCUCGCUCUUGACAGCGUGGGGGGCCGGUGGGCAGGGACUGUGGGUUUGAACUUCCGGAUUGUUUUUCCUUCCAUUCUGGGUACUUGUUCAGGCGUUGGGGGAUCUCUCCAGCCCCAGCCACAUGAGUUUCUUUAGAAUCCUUUGGUCACCUGAGACCUUGAUUUUUCAGGCAGUUUGGUCUGGGAUAUUUUCGUUUGUUCUGUUUGGGGUGUUUUCUGUUUUGGGGGGGUUUUUUUGGUUUGGUUUUUCAUCCUCGUGGUUCUGGAAGCUUCUGGUGUGUGGCAUCUGACCAGUUUUGCAUUGGUCCUUUCUAUAAAAUCAAUAUUUAUAAGGCUGG